ACCUUGCGUGGGAGGGAGGGACUACAGCGAAAAUCUUUCGUCUCAAGCAGACGAGGAUUCUAACAUCAUGUAGGCUACAUUUUCGUUAAAGGCAUUUAAUCAUCGAUCUAUUAUGAUUAUUCUAUACAAAGUAUUCUGACAUAUGAAGAACAUUCGACAUAAUGAAUGGUGAAGAAGGAUGCUGCGGACUGAGAACGCUGUGGGGAAAUAAUUGAAGUGAACCAGCGGAAAGAAUCGAAUGGCUUCUGUAGAGCUGCUUUAUAUAGAUAAGGACGGAAGAGGCAGACAAUCCGAUCCUCCCUGCGUCCUUGACUGGGCUUCCAAUCCGGUGCAUGUUCGUAAGGCGAGCAGUUCAGCCGGAGGGGCGCUCUCUAUCUCAGCUCCGGACUGCGAAGGACUGUGUAAUUCAGCACCAAGGACGGUUCCCCAUAACGGAAAUCCGGAUUUUAAACACAGUCACCCUGCGGUGGAGAAGGUCAGAGUGUGCUGCGACGAGGAAUUAGAGACAUCUUUCACCUAUGUCGACGAGAAUGUGAAUUUGCGCCUGGCAAGCCCUGGGAAAAGUGGGGAAAGUAUCCACAAUUCCGGGUGUAGGCCUAAUGACUGUCCCGAGGGGUUGCAUGAGUUAUCCCUAAUGUCAGAUGAUGAUCUCGCAUCAGAAAGUUCGGGGGCAUCUGUAGAUUACGGUUUUAUAAGCGCGGUCACUUUCCUAGUCACUGGGAUCUCGUUAGUGAUUAUAUCGUAUGCAGUCCCUCGCGAGGUCAAAGUGGACCCGGAGAGCGUGUCUGCGAGGGAGAUGGAGAGGCUGGAAAUCGAAAGUGCCAGGGUAGGGGCACACCUGGAUAGGUGCGUGAUAGCAGGGCUUUGUCUACUGACGCUGGGCGGGGUAGUGCUUUCCACUCUGCUAAUGAUAUCUAUAUGGAAGGGAGAGAUGUACAGGAGAAAAUCAUUUGCAUAUUCCAAGCACUCAGCGAAACGAUAUGGCUCCAUCAAUUUCAAAACGAGAUCUAGCCCUUGUCGGUCGUCCCCGCACCUGUCUAUGAAGGAAGAGAUAGAUGAGACCUUGAAUUAAAAUGAUAUCCUGUUGACAAAAUACUUUGUCUUGUGUUACUAAGCCAGAGCAACACAAUACAGCAUGAUGCAGGUACUCCAGACCCAAAAUGUGCAACCUGAACACAUCAGUCGGUCUACCUACCUACAUUAGCAUAACUGUUAAAACAUUAAUUUGUUUUAAUAUCCAAGAAGAUGAAAUAUACAUUGUCUUAUGGUAUCAUCUCUAUAUAAUUUAAUGGACAUGCAAGGUAUAGGCCUAUUUAACCAGGUAAGCAAGUUAACAAAAUGAUACAGAAUGAAUAAGCAGGACAACAUAAAUUAAAAGAAAAAACAUCUAUGUUUAAGAAAAAAUAUGGUUGCUAUCCUGCCACUGCCACCUUGCCUACGACACCACAGGGUGACGCUUUCUAAGGGUUGGCUCAAGAUCACUUAAUCACGUCAAAGAACUCACUUACUUCUAAUGUACUGUACCUGCAGUAUAUGCAAUAUCAUACUUGAAUGAUCACGCAACAUGAGAACUCACUGGAUCACGAUAUAACUAUGUAAUUAAUAGAUAUCUUUAAGAGAAAUAGGGUUUUAUUUAUAGGCUAGGCCAACCAAUGUUUUUAUUAUAGGCUACUGAUGGACAUACAUCCUACAACACCCUAAACCAUAUUGUCUUCCUUUGAGUAGUCUCAGAUAUGCCUUUAAAAUGUUACUGGAAGAGGGAUCUAUUUCUUUUAACAAACCAGAAAUGAUGGGUGCAACAAAAACAGAAAAUGUUCAAUUCAGUUCAUAGAACUGUUGGUUGAGAAUUAUUUUCUCCAUGGUGAAGUGAGACACAUCACUGUAAUUUGCAAUCAUCUCUGUAUUGUAGGCCUACUAGAGUAGCCUAUAAGACAAGAGGCAUCAAAGGAAACUUGUUACCUUGAAAAUGGUUCCAUCAUUGCUCCACCUCUGAUUUCAAUUCUUCAAAGCCUUUAUUCACAAUCAGAAGUGUUUGCCUCCAGGGAAAAGAUGCUCUUUGGUGAUCACUAGAAACAGCUAAUUCAUAUUGUCAUUUUGUGGGGCAAAUUCAUGUUGUUCGGCUAUUAAUUAUGCUUUCAUUCAUUUGCCCUCAUCAUGUGUUUUCCAUUCUAUUGUUCGAUGAUGCAUAUAUGGUAAUUGAAUAAAAUAUACACCCCCACAAAUUACA